CGAAGUACACAAACACCACAAGGCCACCGGGCAUCUCGACCCAAAACAGACGACCCAAAGCCAAAGGCCCCGCCAUCUCUCUAGGCCAUGGCGUCCUCUUCUUCCCUCUCCUUCCCGCUUCACCUCCUUCUUUACACGCCGUCGUCGUCAUCCUCCACUCGCCUCCGGCCGAGCACGGCGUACCGACCUUCGCCUUCUGCCCGCCUGCUGCAGAUGCAGCCGACGACCAAAGGCGGCCGCCUCAAAUCCGUCACCGUCGUCACGGCCGCCGCCGCUUCGUACGAGGACGAAGCCGCCGCAGUAGUAGGGAACCACGGCGGCGACGACGACGGCGUCGCUGCGACGACGAGUCUGCAUCGUGUGGUGGCCGACGACGGGGUUGCGCUUACGCCCGAGCUGCGGGUAGUAGGUGGCCGCGGCGCUCUUUGUUCAUCGCCCAAGGGACGCCCGGCCGGCCCGACAAGGGAAGACGACGGCGGCGGCAAGACCCAUGAUGCGGCGGCACCGACGUUUGUGAAGCGAGCACGAGGCCCGACGCCGCCUUGUCUGCCGGCGGAAGGAUCCGGCGGCAAUGGCGGGUGCAAACAUUAAUCAACAACGAUAAAGCCAACCACCAAUUGAUUGAUUGAUCGGACGGAGAUCAGGCUGCGUGCAUGCAUUAUUACCAGCGAGCGACACAGUUUAGUUUUUUUAAAGUAAAGUCCACCACCAUUCUUUAAAUUUAUACUGUCGUGUCAUCUCUGUUCCUAAACUCGCUAAUCGCUCAUUUAGGUCUUCAAACUUAUUCGUCUAUAUCAUCUUGGUCCCUAGUUCAAUUGUGUCAUACUGUCCUAACAUAGAAAUCACACAUUUACGUUCUCAAA